AUGAAGGCGGCCGAGGGCGGGCAAGUCGUGGCGGAUUACAUUGCGCUCCCAAAGGCCCCCCGGUCGGAGUGGAAGGCGUCCGACUUUGAGCUGCUGCACAAGUUGGGAGGGGGCAACUACGGGGACGUUUACUUGGCCUCCGUGCGGGACUGCAACUUUGUGUGCGCCAUCAAGAAGCUUUCUAUCAAGAAGCUUGUCGAGUUCGACAUUGUCAUGCAGCUCCGUCGUGAGAUUGAGAUCGCCUUUCACACCCGUCACAAGUAUCUUUUGCGCACGUACGCGUACUUCUUCGACGACACAGACAUCUACCUUAUCUUAGAGCCCUGCAGCAACGGUAUGCUCUACACGGAGCUGAAUCGGGUGAAGUGCUUUCCCCCGCCAACCGCAGCCCGCUACGUCGCACAGUUAGCCGAGGCACUCCUCUAUCUGCACCAGCACCACAUUCUUCACCGUGACAUCAAACCGGAAAACAUUCUGCUCGAUCAUAACCAAAACAUCAAAUUAGCGGACUUUGGGUGGUCCGUUCACGACCCCCAGAACCGCCGCAAGACGUCGUGUGGCACACCGGAGUAUUUCCCACCUGAAAUUAUUGGACGUCAGCCGUAUGACGCAAGCGCGGACUUGUGGUGUCUUGGCAUUUUUUGCUACGAGCUGCUUGUGGGGAAGACGCCAUUUGUCAGCAAAGGCACAGAAAACAUCUGCAAGAAGAUUCACGCCAUGCAGUACGUGAUACCCGGAACUGUACCACCGGAGGCGAAGGACCUUAUUUCGAGCCUCUUGCUGCGUGACGGGAGCAAGCGUCUUGCGUUGCACCGCGUGGUUAGCCACCCCUUCCUGCUCAAAUAUUACUACCUCCCCAACGGCAUUCAACCACCCACGGGGAAGCGCGUGCGCUCCACCGCGGAGGCUACGAGUGGACAAGGGAACUAA